GAGACCUCAGCUUUAGACUGAAAAAUGUUAUAUCAUUCGCUCUCAUUAUAGAACAUUUUCUACAUCAAAUUGGUCAAAUACAAUUUGAAUGUUUUGGGAUAUUUCUUACUUUUCUUCCACUGCUUUUGUUCCAGCAGACAGCAGGUCAACAUGAAGCUGACGGGGAUCCUGUUGCUGUUGGUGGUUUGGGCCUGUGAGAGCGCCACACUCACAGAAAGCCAAGAUGACAACAGCGUGUUUGAUUUGUUUGAGCUCAUCCAAGUUCCCAAGAACAACCAUGGUGUUGCGCUGGUGAAAGGAGACGACCCGUACAGCCCAGCCUACAAGAUCCUCAACCCAGACCUCAUCCCCCCAGUCCCAAAGAACGUCUUCAAGGACCUGAUCAGCUCUAUCCAUUCCGAGAGGGGAUUCCUCCUCCUCCUCAACUUCAAGCAGCUCAAGCAGAGCCGCGGGAGCUUGCUGACGGUGGAGAAACUCGACGGCUCCGGAACCAUAUUUGAGAUUGUUUCCAACGGCAAAGCCAACACUUUGGACAUAGUUUUUUCCACGGCCAAUAAGCAGCAGGUGGUCUCCUUUGAAGAUGCUCAUUUGGCUUCAGGCCACUGGAAGAACAUCUCGCUGUUGGUGGAGGAGGACCAGGCGGUGCUGUACAUGGGGUGUGAAGAGGUGAACACUGCUGAAUUAGACGCACCCAUCCAAAGCAUCCUGACUCCAAAAACUCCUGCCAGUGCACGGCUCAGGAUUGGAAAGGGGGCUGUGAAAGACAAGUUUAAGGGAGUCCUGCAAAAUGUGAGGUUUGUGUUUGGAACAACUUUGGAUGCCAUUCUCCGCAACAGAGGCUGCCAGACGUCCAUGUCAACUGGUGCCAACAUCCUGAAGAAUCUCAAAAGCACAUCUGCCAUCAGAACAGAGUACACUGGACAUAAAACUAAAGAUCUACAGAUAGUCUGUGGAUUCUCCUGUGAGGACCUCCUUGGUUUGUUCAAGGAGAUGAGGCACCUUGGGGUGGUGGUUAAGGAGCUGUCCAAUGAACUCCGCCAACUGACAGAUGAGAACAAGCUGCUGAAGAACCGUAUUGGUAUUCACAGCGGCGUCUGCAUCCAUAACGGAAUUGUACACAAGAACAGAGACCAUUGGACUGUCGAUGACUGCAGCGAGUGCAGUUGUCAAAACUCUGCUACGAUAUGCCACAAGGUCUCAUGCCCCCUCAUCCCCUGUGCCAAUGCUACUGUUCCAGAUGGAACUUGCUGCCCACAGUGUGGAACACCAAGUGACUACGCUGAGGACGGCUGGUCACCGUGGUCUGAAUGGACCCAUUGUUCUGUGUCAUGUGGGCGUGGCAUACAGCAGAGAGGCCGCUCCUGUGACCGUAUCAACAACAACUGCGAGGGCACCUCCGUGCAGACCCGUGACUGCUACCUCCAGGAGUGUGACAAGCGAUUUAAACAAGAUGGCAGCUGGAGCCACUGGUCACCAUGGUCAUCCUGCUCCACCACCUGCGGUGCUGGUGUCAUCACUCGUAUUCGUUUGUGUAACUCACCUGUCCCCCAGCUAGGAGGCAAGGACUGUGAAGGAAAAGGCCGGCAAACCAAGAAAUGUCAAAAAUCUCUCUGCCCCAUCAAUGGCAACUGGGGACCCUGGUCACCAUGGAAUACCUGCAGUGCGACCUGCGGAGGUGGUGUCCAAACUCGUAAACGCCUGUGCAGUGACCCUACACCAAAAUAUGGUGGCAAAGAAUGUGUGGGUGAUGAAAAGGACAACCGCAUAUGCAACAAGAAAAGUUGUCCCAUUGAUGGUUGCCUUUCGAGUCCAUGCUUUGCUGGCGUGAAGUGCACCAGUUUUACUGGUGGGUCAUGGAGCUGUGGACAGUGCCCUGCUGGCUACACUGGCAAUGGAAUCAAAUGUAAAGAUAUUGAUGAGUGCAAGGAAGUCCAGGAUGCUUGCUUUGAAUUUAAUGGCGUUCACCGCUGUGAAAAUACAGCUCCUGGUUACAAUUGCUUACCCUGCCCACCACGCUACACAGGCUCCCAACCAUUUGGCAAAGGUGUGGAAGAAGCUGCUGCAAACAAGCAGGUGUGUAAUCCAUGCAAUCCCUGUCUUGAUGGAAGUCAUGACUGUAACAAAAACGCCCGCUGUAGCUAUCUUGGACAGUUUGCAGAUCCCAUGUACCGUUGUGAGUGCAGGCCUGGCUAUGCUGGGAAUGGCCAUAUCUGUGGAGAGGACACCGAUCUUGAUGGAUGGCCCAACACCAACUUGGUUUGUGUGGAGAACGCCACCUAUCAGUGUAAAAAGGACAACUGCCCCAACCUCCCUAACUCUGGACAGGAAGAUUACGAUAAAGAUGGAAUUGGAGAUGCUUGUGACAAUGAUGAUGAUAAUGAUGGUAUCCCCGAUGACACGGACAACUGUCCAUUUGUCUUCAACCCGAGGCAAUACGACUAUGACCGUGAUGAUGUGGGUGACCGAUGUGACAACUGCCCUUACAACAGUAACCCAGACCAGAUCGACACGGACAACAAUGGAGAGGGAGAUGCAUGUGCUGUGGAUGUUGAUGGAGAUGGUAUCCCUAAUGAAAAGGACAACUGUCCCCAUGUCUACAACGUAGACCAGAGAGACACAGACCUGGAUGGGGUGGGAGACAUGUGCGAUAACUGCCCUCUUGAACAUAAUCCUAAGCAAGUGGAUUCAGACAAUGACCGUGUUGGAGACAAGUGUGACAGCAAUCAGGACAUUGAUGAAGAUGGACACCAGAACAAUUUAGACAACUGUCCAUAUAUCCCCAACGCCAACCAAGCUGACCAUGACAAGGACGGCAAGGGAGACGCCUGCGACUAUGACGAUGAUAAUGACAGCAUCCCUGAUGACAAGGACAACUGCAGACUGGCCUUCAAUCCAGACCAGCUGGACUUUGAUGGAGACGGUCGUGGAGAUGCUUGUAAAGAUGAUUUUGACCAAGACAAUGUGCCUGACAUCUAUGAUGUUUGUCCGGAGAAUUUUGACAUCAGUGAAACAGACUUCCGCAAGUUCCAAAUGGUUCCUCUGGACCCCAAAGGCACCUCUCAGAUUGAUCCCAACUGGGUGGUCCGUCAUCAAGGCAAGGAGCUCGUUCAGACUGUGAACUGUGACCCCGGCAUUGCUGUUGGUUACCAUGAGUUCAAUGCAGUGGACUUCAGUGGAACGUUCUUCAUCAACACAGACAGGGACGAUGAUUAUGCCGGCUUUGUGUUUGGCUACCAGUCCAGCUCCAGGUUCUACGUGGUCAUGUGGAAGCAGAUCACACAGACCUACUGGUCAAAAAAACCAACCAAGGCUCAAGGCUACUCCGGCCUGUCCAUCAAAGUUGUGAAUUCCACCACUGGCCCAGGAGAGCAUCUCAGGAAUGCUCUCUGGCACACAGGGAACACCCCAGGACAGGUCCAUACUCUGUGGCACGACCCACUGAAUGUUGGCUGGAAGGAUUUCACUGCUUACAGAUGGCAUCUGAUCCACAGACCAAGAACAGGACACAUUAGAGUUGUAAUGUAUGAAGGCAAGAAGAUUAUGGCAGAUUCAGGCAGUAUUUAUGACAAGACGUAUGCAGGCGGCAGAUUAGGUCUUUUUGUCUUUUCACAAGAGAUGGUGUACUUCUCAGACCUCAAGUAUGAAUGCAGAGAUACAUAAAUCCAACUGUGCAAAGCCUGUCUUCCAAACGCACCUUUUUGAAUGAACUCUAAACAUAUAUUCACUUUUUCAAAGUCCAGGGAUCAAGUUAUCUGCACAGCUCUUUCUUAACGCACACUCAGACGGGUGUGACGGGCAUGUGGUCAACCCCAGCGUAACCACCCUGGUUCAGGCAGUGCGCCAACCAGCCGAGUGCCAGUCGGGGAUCAGACAGCUCCUUCACACUCGGGAUCCGUGAGGCCAAGGAGCGCUGGGGAAAAAGUAAACAUGCUGUUAGAUUUGCCCGUACAGACACAUCUCUGUGCAUUCCCAGCUUUCCUUGCUUUCUUGUGCUCUUAAAGACCUCAUUCAUGUUUGUGCAGGAACAGCUCCCCACAGGUAUCUGUAGACUCUCUCUCUGUCCUUCAUGCUGUGUGCCUUUCAACUCGACUUUCUGGAUGGUUGUCUCAAAGAAACAUCUCAUGAAAUAUGCUUUUUUGUUCCUCGAUCUGCCAGAAUAUAAGUUCUGAGUCACACAGCCUUAAAGGAUGAACACAGCUACAUUAAUAAAGAAUAUUUUUUUCAAGGUCUUGGGACUCGAGAAAACAGGUGUCACUAAGUUAGUCAAAGGAACAUGAUGUGAUUUUUGGUACAGUAGUGUUCAGAAUAAUAGUAGUGCUAUGUGACUAAAAAGAUUAAUCCAGGUUUUGAGUAUAU